AUGCAGUUGUUGACUCGUUUGGGGCGGCAGUAUGCGGCGAAGGCGGCAAUGUAUACAAUGAGUGUCGCUGACGGUGGGGUGACAUUUUCAGCGAGUUCUUAUUCUUUUCGUCGGGCCUCGACUGCGGCUGCGACGACUUCCGGGCCAGUGGUGUACCGCAGUCUUCACGACUGCCAAAAUCACGUCCGGUGCUUGAUUCAGGAGAUCUCUUUAGGGUUUGCUCCGACAGCUCAAGCGGGGCUGCAGGGGGGAGAGGCGCUUCGUAAGAGUCAUCGCGGCGCACGAACUCUAAUGGAGUUGCAAGAGCUGGCAGAGCAAUUUGUGGUGAAGCUGCAAUCGACUGUUUUUCUUCCUUCUGACGUGGUGCAGGAGGUAGAUGAUUUCCCCAUGUUCCUCCUGCGCUACUUCCAUCGUGCCGUUGGGGGGGCAAAGGAAGGGCGUCCCAGGAGUGAGGAAGAAAUAAUUGAGGGUUUUGUGGAGUGGAUGGACAUGGCGCUUCCCGCCUCUCCAUCGUCUGACAGGGAGGAGGAAUUUGUCUCCUUCGUAGAACUCAUGCGGCUUGUACAGUCUUUUGUGCGCUACCAUCGUGGUGUACGAUGGGGCGGUGGGAUAACAAGUGCCGAGUGGCAUCGCAAUGGUUAUCUGCUGCAUCCGUGGCAUGGCACUUAUUGUCCCAGUUUAAAUACAGAGCAGAUGCCGUACGUGCAUUUGCUGCAGUGGUUGCUCCGGCGAAGGCCAGUUCAGGAAGAAAAAAGGCGUCUUGGCGAUGCCGAUAAAAGAAACACAUCAAAUGUUGAUUUAUCAAUGAGGGAUGAUACGAUGCGAUGGUGGAGUGCAACUGAGCCAUUUGCCCCGCCAUCUUGGCGAGGCGAGCGAACCUCAAGUAAUACUGUUGGGUUUGCAGCGCUUGACUGUGGAUGCCAUAGCGGUUACAUGACGGAUCUUCUUUUGAAGGCUGGGGCGCAGCACGUGAUUGCCGUUGACGUCUCUGCGCAUGCGCUGGGAAGUGCGGAGGCGACACUCCGGGAACACCUGCGCGAGCGGCGCAGCGCAACAAGUGUGGCGAAACGGGUGCGAUUUAUCCGAUGCGAUUUGCUUCCUGAGCUGGGGUCUGUGGCGAAGCAGGAGGAGGGGGAAAUGGCAAGCCCCCUGAUGGAGGAGAGAAGUACUUUGGCCGCUGCAGCUGCGCGUCGCCGACUUCUGGCACGGAAGCGCUUUAUGCGUGACAAUCCACAAGUCUCUGUUUCUUCUUUUGCUGAGGUCACAGCGGCGCCGGAGAGCGAAUUUGGUCCGUUUGAUCUUCUUGUGUUUCACCCUCCCAUGAAACCACUUUUCCCAUCAUGGCCAUUACUGCAGGAAUCACUCAACGUCGUUGAGUACUCUCCGCCGAUUGCUGAGGAUCACCACUCACAUUCUAGCCUGUCUGCAUUGCACGAGUUUCUGCAACGACUUCUUCAUUCUUCGAAGGAUCACACUGAAAGUUUCACCCAACCGCAAAGGCGAGCGACGCCUCUUUUAAAAGACGGUGGCUAUGUACCCUUUAUAAUUCCAGUGGCAUUUGAUCCGAAAGACAUUUUGCAACACAUAUCAUUAUCUCAAUUGCAUUCUUCUAGUAGGCGCGGUGACAGUGGUGUCGUUCCUUUCACGUCCCUUAGUGAUGCCGUCACGGGAUUGCUGGAAGGGCCGUACGAGUUGGUCGUGCGUCGUCGUCACUCGCUGGCGGGAAUGUGCAACACCGGUGAGGAGUUCCCUCUCUGUGACAUGGCGUACCUACGCGAAUUUGCUGACCCGCAGUGUCGCGAUCGAAUCAAGCAGGAGCUGAACGCCUUUUAUCGCACGUACCAAGCGGUGGAUCUUCUUGUGCUUAGGAAGAAGCCAAGCAGCAACGAAAGCAACAAGUACAAGAAGAAUGGGGGUAACAGCAGGAAUGAAAACCAUACUAAGGAUCAUUUCCCUGCCGGCCCAAAGGAGGAUCCAAUAACAUACGAGGAGAGUUUUGAGCACACGGAGUACAUCCCGGCGGACGGUCCUCCGCUCCGUCACCAUUGGACGGAGAUGACACCGUCAUACUCCUACUUGGAAGAUGAGUUUUUUGGCAGCAACGCGGGAAAGACGAAAAGGAAUUUUCCGGAAAGCAACUUUUUGGCAGUCGGACACACUCCAUCUCUCGUCCGAGAAGAGGUAAAGGCUGAACGCACAGGUGGCGAAUGGAGUCACGCAAACUUGCAAACGGUAAGGCGCAGCUUGCGGAAUUAUCGUAGUUUGUUCACUGGGGAGCUGAAAAUGAGGCGUAAGAAUCGACUACGCAAAAUGGCCUUGCAGUCGUUGGAAAACCAGGAGUGGUACAUUGACGAGAAACUUGUGAAAUCUGAGGGGGCCAAGAUUGAUCUGCUGAACGAACUUUCACGGUUUGACCUGCAGGAUUGGGAUUGA